GUAACUUUUUGCUUGACAAACUUCUCUAACAAAACUUCAUACCUGACUAGCCAUGAAGUUAUCCACGACAACCAUCCUCCGACCUUGAGUUGUUUACCGCGCAAUCGAAAAUGACAACACCACAAUCUCUUCACCAUGCCCUCCUACGACCAUGCAUCCUCCACAUUCUACGUGCAGCAGGCUACCACACAACACGACCCUCCGUGCUUGAUACCCUGACCGAUCUCGCGGCUCGAUACAUGCUGAUGCUUGCGCAAACAACGGCGAAUCACGCUGCGUUGAAUCAUACGGAGCCGGAACUUGCUUUAGAGAUUUCAAUUACGGAUGUCAGAAUGGCUAUGCAGGAUUGCGGUGCGUUAGCACCAGAGAAUUUGUUAGAAGAGCAAGAAUUCAAUGGCCAGGAAGAUCUACGAGGUGUUGAGGGGUUUAUUGAAUGGGCAAUGGGAGCUGGCAAUCAUGAAAUCAGAAGAGUUGCGUUGGAGGGGCCCGAAGGCGCAAAGGAGGACUAUCUGACUGCUCUCAAGAAGAAACACAGCGCUGCCGACGAAGAAUCCAGAUACAAUGGUACCGUCCUUGGCCGACCUACAGAACCACGAGCUGUCAAAGUCGAAGGCAGUGACAUUACAAGUCUGAAAGAAUGGGCCGAGAGACUGAGGAAACCUCCAGCACCGACAUCAGUCCAGACAUCUUCUUCAAGACGACAAUCCUCAGCUCUGAGUUCAUUGGGGGACGAGGUGAUGUUAGAUAUGGAUUUUUAGGGGGCAUAUUUCUGCAUUGCGACGGCGUUGGGGCUGGUAUGUAAUGAUAACCUUUGGGAAUACCCUCGAGAAUGAAUCAUAUGGAGUCUUUAUUUCCCAUCAACAACUUUUCUUCCUCAAACUGAACCCAUUCCCUCGUUCUCGACUCUGUUUCCUGCCCCACCAUCGACAUUUUCCCCUCCUUGUCUUGCGGCCUGGACUCCUUCUCUGGCACUCUUCUGCUCUGCUUUUUGUCUGUCGAGAUCACUUGUCAAACUUCCUUGUUCGCCCCAUCCAGCAUCUUUCUUGUUGAAUUGUGCAUCCAUCACAUCUCCUUCUCCAGCAGCUCUCAUCUGCUCUCCUUCCAAAUCUUCGUCCUG